AUGCACCGCGCAGGUGGGGGCGUGGCGAAGGGCGGGCAGGGGCCGUGGCCGCGCGCUGAUUGGCUGCGGGGCGGGUCUGUAAAGGCGGAGGGCGCGCGGAGCGAGCGCCAUUUUGGCCUCGUGGUCGGGAGUGAGCAGGACUCGCCUGCGGCCGCUGCGCUUCGCUGGCCCUUCAGGUGCUUGGAAUGUGGGAAGAGCUUCAGCCGGAGCUCCCACCUGAUCCGACACCAGCGCAUCCACACUGGGGAACGUCCCUACACGUGCGGAGAAUGUGGGAAGAGCUUCAACCGGAGUUCCAACCUGAUCCGACACCAGCACAUCCACACUGGAGAACGUCCCUACAUGUGUAAUGUUUGUGGGAAGAGCUUCACUGAAAGCUCCAGCUUAAUGCGUCACCAGCGCAUCCACACUGGGGAACGGCCCUACCCAUGUCAGGAGUGUGGGAAGAGCUUUAGGGACAGCUCCGACCUGAUCCGACACCAGCACAUCCACACUGGGGAACGUCCAUACACGUGUGGGGAAUGUUGGAAGAGCUUCAACGACAGCUCCAGCCUCCUUGCCCACUGUCGCAUCCACACCGGGGAACGGCCCUACAAGUGCUCGGAAUGUGGGAAGAGGUUUCACACCAGCUCACAUCUCCUCCUGCACCAGCGGACGCACACGGAUGAGAGGCCCUUCCGCUGCACCGACUGCGGGAAGGGCUUCAAGUACAACUCCACCCUCGUCAGGCACCGGCGCAUCCACUCCGGGGAGAGGCUCUACAAGUGCUUGGAAUGUGGGAAGAGCUUCAAGAACAGCUCCCACCUGAUCCGACACCAGCAGAUCCACACUGGGGCACGUCCCUACGCGUGUGAGGAAUGUGGGAAGAGCUUCAACCAGAGCUUCCACCUGUUCAAACACCAGCGUGUCCACACUGGGGAAUGGCCCUACAUGUGUAAUGAUUGUGGGAAGAGUUUCAGGAACAGCUCCAACCUGAUCCGACACCAGCACAUCCACACUGGGGAACGGCCCCACACAUGUGGGGAAUGUGGGAAGAGCUUCAGUGACAGCUCCAGCCUCCGCACCCACCAGCUCAUCCACACUAGGGAACAGCCCUACAAGUGCUUGGAAUGUGGGAAGAGGUUUAAGACCAGCUUCAGUCUCCUCCUGCACGAGCGGACGCACACGGAUGAGAGGCCCUUUCACUGCACCGACUGUGGGAAGGGCUUCAAGCACAACUACCACCUCAUCACCCACCAGCGCAUCCACACUGGAGAGAGGCCCUACAAGUGUGAGGAGUGUGGGAAGAGCUUCCCCCACAGCUCUACCUUGACCAAUCACCAACGGACCCACCAGUAAGGGAAGCCCUACCAGUGCCCCGACUGCGGGAAGAGCUUCGGCCGCUGCUU